CUCUGUCUUGUUUGCUGUUGUCUUGACAAACGAAGAUGGCAGCCCCCAGUGGUGGUUCAAGCUGGAGCCCCGUCGAAGUUCACAAACACCACGAACAACGAACAGUUUGUCACACAAGGCCCAAAUAUAGAGAAGGGAGGAGACCCAAAGCUGUCAAAGUAUACACCAUCAACUUGGAAUCUCGUUUCUUGUUAGUCCAAGGAGUUCCAGCAAUUGGCGUGAUGACAGAACUGGUCCAGCUCUUUGCUCUGUAUGGGGCGGUUGAAGAGUACCGAGUACUGGACGAAUACCCUGCAGAGGAGUUCACUGAAGUUUACUUAAUUAAAUUCCAGAGGCUUCAAAGUGCUAAAGUGGCAAAACGUAAUCUGGAUGAAAGGAGUUUCUUUGGUGGCUUGCUUCACGUAUGCUAUGCUCCUGAAAACGAAACGGUGGAGGACACCAGACAGAAAUUACAAGAGAGGAGAAGAUUUGUUGCCAGGAUAAUGCGAAAUAAAGCUAGAGAAUCUGACCAAACAGAAGACGAUAAAAGCAAAAUACCCAGAACCCAAAAUGACUCAGAAAUGACUUUGUGUGAAAAAAAGAAAUGGAAAGAUACUUCUCAGGAGGAAGAGGAAAGUUUGAAUGCCAGCUACCUUUCAAGUUAUCCUUUCUUGCCCCCUCCCCCACAAGAGGAUGUUUAUAGACCUUCAUCCUUUUCUGAGCAGGCGUCAUCGUCAUCAUCAUCAUCAUUUGUGUUAAAGGGAUAUCAACGUAACAUGCAGCCUGCUGAGGACAACAUGGGGUCCACAUACCAUUUCGUUGAUACUGGUAAUAAUGAGCCUCUUCCAUCUAAAGUUUUACAAUCCCCUCAUGGAAAUCCAGCAUCGAGUAACCAGCAGAGAAAAAUCAGUCACCCUACAACCAGGUUUAUACCAAGGACAACACACUUAGAAAACAGGAAACGUAAAAUAGAGGAAGCUUGUCAAGAUGCACUGUUGGGAAUUGUAGAAAAAAGUGAAACUCUGAUUGGACCAAAACUACCACAGCCACCUAAGAUGGACAUGGAGGAUGCUUCCUUGAAUAUUACAGCUAAUUUAAUAAGAAGCACCAUGGCAAAGGUUUCGUCAGUUCCAGAGUACAAGCCUGCAGAGAAGAAAGCCACCACUCCCAAGCCACGAAGGAGGAUAUAAAUAGCAUUCCAUGUCUUCACAGGAACUACACCCAAUAAUACUGGUGAUAAGGGUAUUAGGUGUCUGAGGACGUACACCCAAAAUUUAAGUCAGAGUUAUUUAUUUGGUGAGAACUUGGAAUAAAACAUGCCUGAAUUAGUUCUCAAGAGAAUCCUGGAAUGCUUGCUGUUCAAAUGCCUGUAUGCUCUGGAACAGAAGUGGAAAAAGACAUUUUAGCUAUUAUCCCAGCACCUUAAUAACGCAACUGAAAAUAAUUCACAAAAGUGUUUAAUUCACUAUUUGCGAUGUAUACCUUUGCGUCUGGGAGACAAGUUCCAAAAGCUUCCAGUAACAGGUCUUCCUCCCUUACUGCCUUCUCAAAGUCAGUGAAAGACAGACGGCCAUCAUGAUCAUGAUCCUGUAAGUAGCAGCACAAUCAUACAAAAAUCCCCUUAAAUUCAAAACAUUGUUUGACAUCUUUAAAUGAGAAUGUAAAUAGAAACUGUCUAAACAUGAUAUAUAUAUCGGUAUUCGAUGCUUUCAGCGUUGAUCAAAAUCUCCAGUCACAUGUACAUAUGUUAAUAUAAAAUCAGCUGUGCAUAUGCAAAUAUGGGUGAAUGUGCAUAAUAAAGUGUUUAUUUUUGCAAAUGUA